AUGUUACAUGUUGUAAAUAAAUUUUUACGUCCAAGAAAUCUUCGAUUACAAAAUCGAAGAUUUCACAUAUUUUCAACAUUAAAAGGGCCAAAUGAAGAAUCACGAUCUGUUAUUGCAAAUUUAACAUUUGAAGAUCAUUAUAAUAUUAGAUCAAAUAUAGAAUCAUUGAUACAAGAUUAUUCGAGAAGACGUGUUCCACCUUUAACAUUUGCAUUUUUAACUCAACAUAGACAAAGACCUUUACCCGCAAGUGAAUUAUACACUUUAAAUAUUCAAAUUAUGAAUUAUUUACUCACUUAUACAUGUAGACAACUUACAGCUUUACAGCAGUUACCAUAUAUUGCAAUAUUAAACCCAAAGAUCGAACAAACUUACGCAUUAUAUUUAAAGACUUUAACUGCAUUAUUAGAUAAUAAAUUUCCUUACGAUUUAUAUGAUAGACAAAAAAUGAGAAUAUUAUUACGUCAAUUUCUUGAUGAUCAUCAGGAUACUUUACAAACGUUGUCAGAUGGUAUGACGGAAAUUAUGGAAGCUUUUCCUAAAAAAUCUGUAUUUCUUUUCCUAAAUGAACAUUUAAAGAAUCGUAUUACAAUGAAAUUGUUAGCUACUCAUUAUGUUGAAUUAAUGUCACAACAAGAAAGAAGACCUCAAGCUAGAAUUAAUAAUUUACAAAACAAAAUUGGAAUCGUUCAACAAAAUGUUCCUUUAGCACCUUUCAUUAAGAGAAUAUAUGAAUUUGUUAAUGAUUUAUGUCUAUUAAAAUAUGAUCAUCAACCAAUUAAUUUAAAUUUUACACAUGGUCAAGAUAUUAAAUUUUCUUGUAUUCCAAUAAUACUUGAAUAUUUAAUGACAGAAAUUUUAAAAAAUUCAAUGCGUGCUACUAUUGAAAGUUCUGCAAAAAAUGGGACUGAUCCUAGAGAUAUUGAAGUAAGUAUAUUUGAAGCUGGUCCAAGUAAAGUCUUGAUACGUGUAAGAGAUUAUGGUGGAGGUAUCCCAGAAGCCAUUGAACGUAAAAUCUUUGAUUAUUCAUAUACAUCAACAACUGAUUCGACUAUGACCGAAUGCUCGACUGAAAAUAAAGAUAUUGACGAUAUACAUUGUUCAGUAGCUGAAGAUCAAAUGUUACCUGGUCAAACAGUACAUAAUAUUGCAGGAAUGGGAUUUGGUUUACCAUUAUGUAAAACAUACUUGGAUUUAUUUGGUGGGAAGAUAGACAUUCAAAGUCUUGCAGGAAGAGGUACAGAUGUGUAUAUAACAUUAACGGGACCUACUGAAAAGAUAUUAAAUUCUCCCUUGCCAUAA